UUUUUCCGACUGUUAAAUGAAAAGUAAUUCGGCUGUACUUUACUGCAUCACGACAGCUGAACUAGUACAAAGGUCUGUGUACUUGGUAUGCCUUGGACUAUUAAAUGAAUUAAUACAUACAUUUUGAUAUUUUGUUUUUAUAUACCAGAGCCAUUAACAUUAAACGGGGGAGGUUUUCUAAAAUUAGAUUUCAUUAAGUAUGAUUUAUGGAUUUUUUUUUUUUUUUUUUGCAUGAAAACAAAGGGCAAAAGACUGACUUUUUAACAUUUAUAGGUAAUUAUGUUACGAUUGUACCUGUCCGGCCCACUUGACUACUAUCAGGCUACAUCAGUGAUGCGAAUAAAACACCUUUGCUUUCUUUACCUGGGCCUUUUUUUUUUUUUUUUUCCCUAAAUCACAAAUUGGGAGCAGAGCAUUAGCUUGACAGGGUGUGGGCUGGUCCUAUUCACUCCAUUGCACCAACCAAUUGGCAUAUACUGUAGGGCGCCAGUGAUAGUGUAUUGCAGCGGUAACACUCUCGUACAGCUUACCCCGAAACACCUUUACCCCCUUGACUUUACACCUACAUCACUAAGAAAAGAAAGACUUUUUUAAAAUUCCAUUUAUGUCAAAAUAAAACCGCUUCGUGCUUCCCUCGAUCCUAGGACUGUAUAGAGCUUCAACAGAGGCGCAGGGGGAGGAGGACGAGGAGGAAGAGGAGGAAGGCGAUGCUACAACGUCACAGUACAUCGCCGGACUGUCCAGUAACUCUCUGCACAUAACCAGAACGUAGGAAAACACAAAUUGCGGUCACCCUGAAAAGGUGCUGCCUGACCUUCUCAAAACCAAGAGAUUCUGGCAUUUGAGUCCAACUGCCAAUCCAGAGCAGAGAAACUGUCCUUGGCGCUGAACUUGCUGCAAACCCACGUUCUUGGGCUGCUCCUCCUCAUAGUUCCAAUUCUAAACAGCAACUGACCCAAAAAACCUCCGAACAUAAAAAAAAUGGAUGAUAAUGGACACUACAGAGAGAGACGCUCAGAUUUCAUCCGUGGGGCCAAGGACAUCGCCAAGGUGGCCAAGAAGCAGGUCGGUAAGAAGGUGGGUCGAGGCGUGGACAAAAUGGGCGACGAAUACACCAAACGCUCUUAUAAACGCUUCGAGGAGGAGGACGACGACGACGACUACGCUGGCUACCGCAACGACAGCCGUGCCAACGACGAAGAGGACCACAGUGACUCCACCGAAGGUCACGAUGAAGAUGAUGAGAUAUAUGAAGGCGAGUACCAGGGCAUCCCAAAGGGAGAGUCGGGCAAGGAGGGUGCCGGGGACGACAUGGCCGCUUCUCAGGCGCAGCAGUUCAGAGAUUUGUCCGCCUACGAGGGCGAGAGGAGGAAAGACCAGGAGGAGUUGGCUCAGCAGUACGAAACCAUCCUGCAGGAGUGUGGCCAUGGCAGGUUCCAGUGGACACUCUACUUUGUCCUGGGACUGGCUUUAAUGGCGGAUGGCGUAGAGAUCUUUGUGGUUGGCUUCGUGCUGCCCAGUGCUGAGAAAGACAUGUGUCUGUCUGAGCCGAACAAGGGCAUGCUGGGUCUGAUCGUCUACCUAGGGAUGAUGGUCGGGGCAUUUGUAUGGGGCGGAUUGGCUGACCGGAUCGGUCGGCGACAGACGCUGCUCAUCUCCCUGUCAAUCAACAGUGUGUUUGCCUUCUUUUCAUCCUUUGUCCAGGGCUACGUUUCGUUCCUCUUCUGCCGCCUGGCCUCAGGUGUGGGCAUUGGCGGUUCCAUCCCUAUUGUGUUUUCCUACUACUCUGAAUUCCUGGCCCAGGAGAAACGAGGAGAGCACCUGAGCUGGCUUUGCAUGUUCUGGAUGAUUGGUGGUAUCUAUGCCUCGGCCAUGGCCUGGGCCAUCAUCCCGCACUAUGGCUGGAGUUUCCAGAUGGGCUCGGCCUACCAGUUCCACAGCUGGCGGGUGUUUGUGUUGGUGUGUGCUUUUCCCUCUGUGGCCGCCAUCUGUGCCCUGUCCACCAUGCCCGAGAGCCCUCGCUUUUACCUGGAGAAUGGAAAACACGACGAGGCUUGGAUGAUUCUGAAGCAGGUCCAUGACACCAACAUGCGAGCCAAAGGCUAUCCAGAGAAGGUUUUUUCGGUGACAACUAUAAAAACCGUGAAGCAGAUGGAUGAACUGGUGACCCUGGGCGAUGAUGCGUCUUGGCACGCGAAAUGGAGGAUAAAGCUCUCUACACUUUUCCAUCAGGUGUGGAGUAAUUUCCAGGCUGUGUUCUCCCCUGAAUAUCGCCGCACCACCUACAUGAUGAUGGCCGUGUGGUUCUCCAUGUCCUUCAGCUACUACGGUCUGACAGUCUGGUUUCCCGACAUGAUCAAGUACCUGCAGAAACAGGAGUAUGCAGCCUUGACCAAAGUUUUUGUCAAGGAGAAAGUGGAACAUGUCACCUUUAAUUUUACUUUGGAGAACCAGGUCCACCGCCAGGGAGAGUACUUCAAUGACAAGUUUAUGAACUUGAGGAUGAGAUCAAUGGUGUUUGAGGACUCGUUGUUUGAGGAGUGUUACUUUGAGGACAUCACGUCCAGCAACACUUUUUUCAAGAACUGCACCUUCAUUGCCACACUCUUCUACAACACAGAUCUCUUCAAGUACAGGCUGGUCAACUGCAAGCUUAUCAACAGCACCUUCCUGCACAACAAGGAGGGCUGCUUGCUGAGCGAUGUCAGCGAUGAAAAUAAUGCCUACAUGGUCUACUUUGUCAGUUUCCUGGGCACCUUGGCUGUGUUGCCAGGCAACAUAGUCUCUGCACUGCUAAUGGACAAGAUUGGACGGUUACGGAUGUUAGCUGGCUCCAGUGUUAUAUCUUGUUUUAGCUGUUUCUUGCUGUCCUUUGGCAACAGCGAGUCAGCCAUGAUUGCUCUGCUGUGUCUGUUCGGUGGAAUCAGCAUAGCCUCCUGGAACGCCCUGGAUGUGCUCACUGUCGAGCUCUACCCCUCUGACAAGAGGACUACAGCGUUUGGUUUCCUCAAUGCUCUCUGUAAACUAGCAGCCGUGCUUGGCAUAAGCAUCUUCACGUCAUUCGUCGGCAUAACCAAGGCCGUACCUAUCCUCUUUGCCUCGGGGGCGCUGGCGGCUGGCAGUUUUUUGGCCCUUAAACUUCCUGAGACACGGGGCCAGGUGCUGCAAUAGCAUGGAGCGGGGAAAAAAAAAAAAAAGCGUUCUGUGCGAGAGGUGUCGCGAGGUAGUGUCCCCCGGCGCUGCAGAAGAACAGUUGAAGAAUCCCCUAAACUCCUCAAGUCCUUUUCCCCCCCCGAUACAUUUACACAGCAAGGUUUGUGCAAAUAACCCGCCAGAGAAUUCUGUUGAAAUGUAAAUAAAUGGUAACACAUUAAUACGUGCCAAUUGAAACCAAUUAGCUGUAGUUAUUUCGGACAAAAUCGUAAUAAUCAAGUGAGACGUCAUCGAGGUUGUUGGUGUUCAGAGAAUUUAGAUUGAUCCACAGUUCCCCUCCUACCUUCACAUAACGUCUUACUUUUUAAAAAAAAAAUUUUUUUAACCACAUCUGAAGCAAUCGUAACAUUUUCUGAUAAUACCAGGAUGGGAGCGGGGAACGUCGUAGAUCUUCUUGGCCUAACUUCUUGCGUUGGUAAUUAAACUGCCAUUUUGUAGAUUACAUCCACAUUCCGGAUUUUUAUAGGAUUUACGAAGAGAGGUCGCGAAAAUAUUUCCCCUUAGAAGCGUGUCUAUUACUAGUACUACUACUACUGCUAGUACAUCAAAACGAGACUCGCGGGCCACAAUUGUCCUGAAAUUGAACAUGGGGGGGUCGGGGUCAGGAGCAGAUAGAUGGAGCGUUGGUGUGAACUAAGAUAAAUGAAAAUGUAAAAGUCAUGCAUAAAGGCUAAAAAUGCUAAAAUGUUUUUAGCAUUUUCUACGCCAUCUAUUGGGGAAAUGCGGGCAUUGCAGGGAAAAGGCAGAAGUAUAAUGAUAAUAUAAACUGAUAAUAUAAUUUGGACCGGUGUUUGAGGUGCCAAGAUUAACUGUGACCAAUUUUUAGUUCGUGAGGUGAAAUGUUUUCGUUCGUUUUUGCACAAUAGAGCACAAAAAAUUAAGAUUUUAUUUUUUAUAUAUUUAUUAAGUUAACACGUCCUUCUUCUGUGUAACGUGGAAGACGUAGUCAUGCAAUAAUCACGGACUGUGGGAGAACGACAUAUUUGACCAAAUAGAAGUUUGAGGAGAUAGUGACGCACCCACACUAAACGUAGCUCUCUGAAACGGACUUUUUCCAAGUUGGACUGUCUUUUGGGACAUAGAACUCGAAAGACGGUACAUGUCAAAUAAUGGUAUUUUUAUAUUGUUUUUUUGUGUGUGUGUGUGUGUGUGUUUGUGUUUCAUUUCUACACAACUUUUAAUCCAUUAAAUUCCCACCAGAGACCCCCCCCCCGCCUCCAUGGGCUCAUUGACAUAUUUCACACAUAGCACAAAAGCCGUCCAAAAACAGUCCCCUACGACAUCCCCGUCCUCGUAAAAAAAAAUUAACAGACACACGGCUGCUUUGUCUUCAAAAUAGUCGUCCCUCACACUAGCCAUGGAAUCGGAACUUGGAUUGAGCUAACAUGAUCGGGUGCGGUACAACAGCCCUAGCGUGAGUGCACCCUGAGUGAAAGGAUUUCCAAUAAAUUAUAACAGAAAAGGACAAUUUCUCAAACGUUAACAAUAAUGACAGGGUUUUUUUUUUUUUUUCUUUGUCCAAACUGCCAUUUUGUAGGAUAUCAGCCAUACAUUCAGUAGCGUUAAAGGAGACAACCCAUUGCACUAAGCCUACACCGUUGCACAACGGUGAACGCCUUGUCCGCGGCGACAUUGUCAUGCCUUGUUCUUGCGCCACUUAGCUCGAAGGUACUGAAAAAAAAACCGGACAAAGGUUUUAGGAAAAAAGCACAACGACCAACCCACCUUUGUUAAAAAUGAAAUCUUUGGACCCCGCGUCCCACCCACAGUGACCAACACAUCUCACACUCAGUCCCGCCGUAAAUUUGAAAUUUGACGUCUGUCAUGCAUCGCUGAGUUUUGCCAUGACGCCCACCUGUCUUAUGAAUUAUUGCCAACUCUUUUAUACGGCCUGAGUUUACAAAUCUCUUUGUGUGAUAGCUAUGAAUAUAUGUAAAUAAAAACAAUGUGAUCAAUAACUAUAUAGAUCCUAUCUUUGUUCCCUCUGUCCAUAGAAAAUAGAGAUUAUUAUUAUUAUUAUUAUUAUUAUAAGUCACUCUGCUCUUGAUUCAGUCCUGUUGUGACAGAGCCCGCACAUAGGGGGCAGACUCCCAGACUGUGGCUCACUGUUGACUCACUGCUUCCCCUACAUCCUCCUUUCAUAAGGCAUAAUGUACUUCAUAGACAUAAAGCCACACCAAGUAUAUGACUUAGAAGAUAAAGUCCGGUUGAUGUAUAAAAAUGCAGUUCAUGAGCUGCACAGAAUAUAAGGCACUCUUCAUAAUUCUAUAAAAAAAAAAACAAAAAAAAAAAAAAAACAGGAAGCCAAGCUGGGUACUGUAUCUGUUAAGGAUGCACAAACUACAAAGAAAAUGACAGUAAAAAUAUUAUUACUUACCAUUCACCAUGUUUUCCGGACUAUAAGUCGCUCCAAAGUAUAAGUCGCACCAGCCAAAAAAUGCAUAAUGAAGAAGGGAAAAAAAAAAAAAACACCCAAACAUAUAUAAGUCCCUCAGGAGUAUAGGUCGCACCAGCCCAAGGAAGACAAAAAGUGCGACUUACAGGGGUAGCAAAUAGUGGUACACUAAGCCUAGAGUGCCCUCUAGCGGUUGUCAGUGUGAAAAUAACAAACGUGAAAAUGAUAUAUUUGAAUAUAUAAGUAACACCUGAGUGUAAGUCGCCAUCCUAGCCAAAGGAUGAAAAAAAAAAAAAAAAUGCGACUAAUAGCCCGGAAAAUAAGGUACUAGCUUUUGGGACAAAUUGAAAAUUAAAGUCUUUUUUUUUUUUUUAUUUGCCAAAAGCAAAGGCUUUUUAAAUGUGUAUGUGAAAUGCAGUUUAAUAAGAAUAAAACUUUAAGGAAAUAUUUGCGUGGAGCACAGUAAGCACAAUAAAAAAAAAUCCAGGAAAAAUAGCGUGCCGUUGCAAUAAUUGAAAUUCUUUCAGAUCCGACAGUGACAGGAAGAAGCAGAUUUGGCCACAGCCACUCUUUAAAAUACAGGUUAAAAAAAAACACACACACAUGGACUGUAUAAAUGUAUGUAUAAAAUAAAGCAACGUUUAUUACCCUCGGAGUUAAAAACAAGUGAAGUAAAAAAAAAAAAUUAAAAACGAAAUUGGUUUGCUUUUAUCAUUUCAUCCUUUUAUGAGAAGAAAUUAGAACGGUAUCGUGGAUCCAUAGUCUCGUAGACACACGUUCUUAUAUGUUUGUUCCUCUUGUGCAAACGCAGCUUAUGUUACAGGGUCUUUUUGUAUAAUUGUGAAACGUCUUAUCUGGUCAACAGCCAAUUUUGAGGGCAGAAUGGUAACAAAGCAAUAAGCAUGGGGUGGGGGCGGGGGAGGGGGAUUUAGGUCUUAUUCCUGUUGGAAGUUUUUAAGAAAUGAAAAGCACAUUACAAAACCUUGUUAAGUGAAAGGCAAAACUUACUGAAUUAAUAAGAUGCUGAACCACAGCAAAGCUAACCACUUGUACUAUCUGAAGCAAUCCUGGGUCCGAGGGCCCAUGUCAAUGGAAAAAUGUACUGCCAUUCAGUCAGUGUACUAAAGAACUGAUCACGUUUUGUCAUUGUGUAAUAGAAACUGUAGUGUACAGGCACCGUUUGUGGAAUCAUCACUAUGAAAAUGUGAACUCGUCAUAAAAGAAAUGUGUAAAUGAACAUGAUGUGUUGUUACGUGUGUGUGCAUUUGGUACGUGAGAAUAGGUUAUCGAAGUAAUCUUCGAUUCAAGUUAUAAAUCACGGUUCACUUCAUUGUGACUUUACUCAUUCUGUUUUUAUGGUACGUGAGAUGUUUUGGUUUUUCGUUUUUCUUUUUUUUUUUUGUCCUUGUUGAUUUUUAUUUGAGUUUGCACUUUGUUGUGAAAUUGACCCUUUCGUGACAUCAGAUAUCAAUAAUCCUGAACAAUUAAAAUGUGAAUAUAAAAUAAA